AUGGCCGACGCCGACGACAUGUGCGACAAGUCGCAGCUGCCGCCCGUGCCCCAGGUCAAGGUCGUCACCCUCGUGAACAACUUCAUCACCAACACGGUGUCGUUCCUCAACGUCUUCGCGACGUCCGCCGAGGAGAAGCUCUCCGGCGUCGCCCAGCGCAUCUCGGGCGUGGAGCUCACGCUCGCGCUGCUGGAGGCGAAGCUCAACAGCGUCCCCGGCGUCGCCGACGUCGCGCCCGUCGCGCCGCGGGAGGCGCCCGCGGCCGCGGCCCCGGCGGAGCCGCCGUCGGACGCGCUCGACGACGGCCUCGUCGACGCCAAGGACCACCCGGAUUACGCGAGCUUCUUCCGCCUCCAGCGGCUCGGCGUGCCCGAGCCGCAGAUCCGCAUGAAGAUGGUCGCCGAGGGCGUCGACCCGGACGUCAUCGCGGACCCGGAGCGGCGCGUGCCCGCGCCGCCGCCGGGCGGCGGCGACGACGAGGGCUAG